AUGAACGAAAAUGAAACGAAAAAAAGAAUUCGUAAUUGUGUUUUUAACGAUGAAUGGUUAAAAGAUCAAAUAUUUUCUGAUUGGAUCGCUAAACACAAUAACCCUAAUAAAGCACGAUGUAUAUUAUGUCAGACAGUUUUUAGUGUUAAGUAUGAUGGCGUUAAAGCUGUAAAAACACAUCAAGAAUCAAAAAAACAUGAAGGUUACAUUUGGUUUGUUCAUCAUGUGUUGUCCAUUUUUCAAAAACAUAUUUUAAUAUUAGAAAAAAAUAAUUUAAACGCUCCAGAAGUCUAUGAUGUAAUGUUAAGUUUAAGAUCUCAAAUUUUAAAUCGUAAAAAUGAUAAUUUCUUUGGAAUUGCAGUAACUACACGAUUACCUAAUCUUACUAGCAAAGAAAACGAUGCAUUUAAAUCUGAUGCUCUACAUACUUACAAACGUGCAUUAGAAUACCUCGAAAAAUGGUUUGAUUAUGAAAACUCUCCAUUCAAAAUGUUUUCGUGUUUGAAAUUAAGUGAAUUACCUAAAUUAACAGAUUUACUCGAUCUGGCCAAAUUAAUUAAGGUUCAUGUCAAUGGAGAUGAACUGUAUGAAGAGCUUAAUUUGAUAAAGUUAUUACCAAAUGAUAUCCUAAAUAACACAGAAUUCACUAGUUCGGAAAAAUGGGUAAAAUUUUUCCAAUCAUCUACUGCACAAUUAAAAAAUAUUAAACAAAUUGUACAGUAUGUAUUCUCGGUGCCGUGUAGCAAUGCAUUUGUUGAACGCGUUUUUAGCCACAUGAAUAGUUUGUGGACAGAUGAGCGCAAUCGAUUAGGAAUUGAUACAGUUAAAGCCGAACUAGUCAUAAGAAAUAACAUAACAUACAAUUGUUCAGAGUUUUUUGAUCAAAUACAAAAUGAAAAACAUUUAUUAAACGCCGUGAAAAAUGCCGCUAAAUAUAAAUUUAAAAGGCCAAAGUGGUUACCAUUUGUGGGAAAUACGUACCAAUUAUCUAAAUUGGCCGCUACCAAAAAUGGUCAAUAUUUGGCAUUUGAGGAGCUCCGUCAAAGAUACAAGUCUGACAUCAUUGGGUUGAAAUUAGGACGUGAAUACAUCGUUACUGUGUUCGGAAACGAUCUAGUGAAUGAAACGUUACAUAGAGAUGAAUUUCAGGGUCGGCCUGAUAAUUUUUUUAUGAGACUCCGGACAUUGGGCAAACGUAGAGGUAUAACGAUGACUGAUGGAGAUCUCUGGAAAGUACACAGAUCAUUUGCUGUCAGACACUUGAAGUUACUUGGCUUAGGACAGAGAAGGGUGGACGAAUUGAUUCGUGAUGAAUAUCAACUCAUGGUAGAACGUCUAUCGGUAGCGAUGAAGAGUGUAACGCCGACCUUAUACUUGCAAUCAGCUGUAAUGAAUGUUUUGUGGGAGCUGACAGCCGGCACUAAGUUCGAAGACCCUGAGUUGCUAACGUUGAUGGGGAAACGGAGUUCAGCAUUCAAUAUGGUCGGUGGGCUGCUCAACCAGAUACCAUGGCUACGGUAUUUGGCACCCACCAAGACGGGUUUCUCACUCAUAACUGAUAUCAAUCAGCAAAUUUACUCAUUGAUAUCUAAUAUUAUUGUGGAACACAAGAAAACGAUAACUGAUACUACCAGAGAUUUUAUUGAUGCAUAUUUACAUCAAAUGAAAAAAGAAGAAAUAUAUAAUACAAUGUUUACUGAAGAACAAUUGAUAGCUGUUUGUUUGGAUUUAUUUAUUGCUGGAUCAUCAACAACUAGUAGUACAUUGGAUUUUGCUAUAUUGGCUAUGGCUCGGUGGCCAGAUGUUCAGGCUAAAGUUCAAUCUACUCUGGAUGAGAUUCAACCUCCGGGGACGUAUAUUACAGCUGAACAAAUUCUUAAAAAUCGAUACGUGGAAGCGGUGCUUUUAGAGACGAAAAGGCUUAAUCACGUAACACCAAUCAUAGGUCCUAGACGUGUGCUAAGAAAUACUAAUCUUAAUGGAUAUAAUAUACCUAAGAACACAACCAUUUUGAUGAGUUUGUAUUCAGUACACCAGGAUCAGUUGAAAUGGGGUGAUCCAGAAGUGUUUCGCCCAGAGAGGUUUAUGGACACUAACGGAAAAAUCAAUAAGACUGAAGAAAUGUACUUUUUUGGAUUUGGAAAAAGACGAUGUCCUGGUGAAGCGUUGGCACAGCGGUUUGUUAACUUAGCAUUCGCAAACCUAAUACAUGAUUUUAUAAUCGAAAUUGAUCAAUUACCCGAAGGAGUAAAUUGUGGUAUACUUUUAACACCAAAACCUUAUAAAAUAAAAAUGACUAAAAGGAAAUAA